AUGGCAUCCAUUAACAUUGAUACUACUCCUACCGCUUCCAAUCCGGAUGAUAAAAUCCAUGGCUCUGGUGAGAAGAAUGCUCAGCCAGCCGGAGUUGAAUCUGGUGAGACCACAGACAAUUCUGCAUCAUGCGAACUACAGGAUCAGUCACAACGUUUACCUUUUGUUCGUCUCAUGGUAGCAUAUUUGUGUCUAUGUCUUGCCUAUUUUAUUUCAUAUUUGGAUAUGAAUUCUGUUACCACCUCAUUGCCAACUAUUGCUGAAGCCUUAGAUGCUGGCCCUACCGUAACUUGGGUGGGAACAGCAUAUCUCUUGGGUCAAACAGCCUUCCAGCCCCUCUAUGGCAGAAUAUCUGACAUUACUGGUCGCAAGCCAAUCCUUUUAUUCUCUAUGGGUUGUGUAACCAUUGGCGGCCUUCUUUGUGGCUUUGCCCGUACCCCGAUAUGGUUAUAUGCAUGCAGGACGAUCAGUGGCAUUGGCGGAGGUGGUAUCAGCUCCUCCAUUGCUAUUAUAGUCAGUGACCUGGUCAGCCUUAGGUCGCGGGGAAAAUACCAAGGAUUUAUUAGCUUGGCCAUCGGUACUGGAGCUGCAUCAGGACCCUUUGUGGCUGCUAGCCUUAUAGAAACACGCGGACACAGCGAUGGAUGGAGAUGGGCUUUUUGGGUCCCUUCUAUUCUCGCUGCCUUCUGCUUUACACUCCUACUGUUCUUUCUACCACUAAAACCAGUUUCUGGUGGCUUUGGCGAAAAGAUUCGCAAAAUCGACUGGCUGGGUGUCAUCACUUCGGUCCCUGCUAUCGUUCUGGUAGUUAUGUCAAUCAACUCAGGUGGGAGCAUUUGGCCUUGGGAUAAUAUCAAGACCAUCUUGAUCCUUUCCAUCGGCAUUGUCUGUCUUCUUCUUUUUAUUGUUAUUGAGGCUUUUGUAGCCAAGAUUCCCAUUAUCCCUUUGCGAUUACUCAAAACAAAAUCAGCGCUCGUACUGAUCCUUUCGGGCUUUCUCCAUGACUUUGUCUGGCAGACAACCCAGUAUUUUAUUCCGUUGUAUUUUCAGACAGUCUGCGGAUAUACCCCGUUGGAGAGUGCGACGCUCAUCGUAUCAUUUCUCAUUGCCCAAGGCCUGGCAGGUGCUGCUUCAGGGCCCGUUAUGGCUCGCUAUGCUAGGUAUAUGCCCGUGCUGCGAUGUGGCCUUGCAGUCUGGACUCUCGGUGCAGGUUUGAAACUUCUCUUUGGUCAGAAAACCCAUGUCGCCAUCUAUGUAGUUGUCCUGGCUAUUGAAGGAGCUGGAGUUGGAUGGGUACAUCAACCAGGACUUGUCGCAUUGCAAGCCAACUCAACAGACGAAGAUCGUGCUGUAGCAACAGGAACCCGGAAUGUUUUCCGAUCUCUCGGCGGUGUAGUCGGAAUCGCUGUGUCUACUGCCACGUAUUAUGCAGUCUUGAGUAAGUCCCUUGGGGAAGCAGUUCCGGACUGGGUCCGUGAUACCGUUUUAGAUGGAACCUGGCGAGCUGGUGACUCAGGCACUAGCGAAUAUGAGAGCAACAUCUUGGAAGCACGUAUGGAAGGAUUCCGUGCAGUUUUUAUUAUGUCUGUCCCUAUGAUGGCAAUAUGUCUCCUGGCCAGCCUGUUAGUGGCAGACAUUAUACUAAAGGGUGAUAACGACAAUGUAUCGGAGGAAACAAGGUCUCGUGAUGGCGAGCAGCGGGUUGAGGCGCCUUGA